GUCCUCUCUUUUAUCACUUAUUUCUGCUUUUUUUGAACAUUCACUUCUGCUGCCUAAGCCUUCCCCUCCGUCCACUUGACAUUAUCCAAGUCAGCCUUUUAAAAUGGGCUCCCAACACCCCUUCGAACAGUCCCUCUGGACCCCCCAGUCCGUCCUAUCCACACUCCCUAACCCUCCCGAAGAGAACUCCACCUCUCCAAUCCCAUUCUUUCAUCUCCUCGAGCGAUUAAAGACGACUAAACGCGAGGGGUGGCGCCGGUUCAACAUUAACGACGGCGAGUCCAUCUCCGAUCACAUGUAUCGCAUGUCGAUGAUGACCAUGCUCGCCCCCCCUUCUCUCGCCGCUCGCCUAGACCUUCCCCGCUGUAUGAAGAUGGCUCUUGUUCAUGAUAUGGCCGAGUCGCUCGUUGGUGAUAUCACUCCUAAUGACCCGAUUAAGAAAGACGAAAAGGCCCGUCGGGAAGCUGCUGUCAUGGAAUAUAUCGCCAACUCUCUGUUGCGCAAUGUGCCGAGUGGAGUCUCUGCCGGCGACGAUAUCUUGGCUGUUUUCAACGAAUACGAAGCGAAUGAGACGCUAGAAGCGCAGUUCGUGCAUGACGUUGAUAAGAUGGAGCUUUUGCUGCAGAUGAUCGAAUAUGAGCGGAGUUAUGAGAUUGACCUGAAUGAGUUCCUGGGUGUUGCGAAGCGAAUCCAACUUCCUGAAAUCAAGGAAUGGGCUGCGACAGUACUCGAGGAGCGAAAGGCGCUAUGGAAGUCACGGCAGCAGCAGGAAUCAACAUCUGAAGCCACGACAUAA